GUCCCCAGCCCCUCUCCGCUUGCCAGGCAGAAGGCCCCACCUUGUCUGGGGGGAGGCUACAAUAGAGCCCCAGUUGCUCCAGGGGGCUGUGGCCCUAGCGGGCCCUCCCUCCCUCCCUCGCUCUCUGCACCCCAAAACUCCUGAGUGACCACAUCCAGGAGACAGGCAUGAGGUCAGGGCUGGCCUGCCUGGCUGGGAAGAGCCCUGCCUAAAAAGGAGACGCUGUGCGGGGCCAGUCCAGGCCGAGCAUCCGCUGGGACUCAGGCAUGCCGAGAAUGUCUUGGGGCAAUAACUCUGCUCGACUUUGGAGUCUUUCCCCAAAUAUGGUGCGCAACUUCAGCCACCGAGGAGGGGGAGGGACGGUGAUGUCACGGGCCGGAGGGCCGGAGCCUUUUAGCCCCUCUCCUGGGGCUGCGGAGUCCUGGCAGAGCAGCAUCUCGGGAGCCUCGGAGCCAGCACAGCUAGCAGCCCAGCUGCCUUAGUCUCCUCGCCUACUGCCUCCCCCAGACCCGUCCUGUGGACAUGGCAAACAAGGGGCCUUCCUUUGGGCUGACCAGAGACGUCCAGACCAAGAUCGAGAAGAAAUACGACGAUGAGCUGGAGGAGCGCCUAGUCCAGUGGGUGGUGGCCCAGUGUGGGAAUGAGGUGGGGCGCCCCGAGCGAGGGAGGCUGGGCUUCCAAGUCUGGCUGAAGAACGGCAUUAUCCUCGGGAAGCUCAUCAACAGCCUUUAUCCCAGCGGCUCCAAGCCUGUGAAGAUCCCGGAUUCGCCCCCCACCAUGGUCUUCAAGCAGAUGGAGCAGAUCUCCCACUUUCUGAAGGCAGCCGAGGAUUACGGGGUGGUGAAGACAGAUAUGUUCCAGACGGUUGAUCUCUAUGAAGCCAAGGACAUGGCAGCCGUCCAGCGGACCAUCAUGGCCAUGGGCAACCUGGCUGUGACCAAGAACGAUGGGCAUUACCAGGGGGACCCCUCGUGGUUCAUGAAGAAGUCCCAGGAGAACAAGCGGGACUUCUCCGACAGCCAGCUGAAGGAGGGCAAGAAUGUGAUCGGCUUACAGAUGGGCUCCAACAAAGGGGCGUCACAGGCAGGCAUGACAGGCUAUGGGCGACCCCGGCAGAUCAUCAGCUAAAGCUGCUGUGCUGCCCCCCCACCCCCAAGCCGGCCGGUCUUCCCGCUCUUGCUAACAGCCUGGCAAGCUCUGCCCCGCUGCUGCCACCGCCACCAGGGGUAUCCGCAGGGAACGUCCCCACCGUGCCCCCUAAGCAGUUCCCGGAAGGGGCACCGUGCCCAAAGACUUGUGCUGCUGCUGCUGCUGCGUAGCAACAGCCGGCCAGGCAGCCAACCUACUCCAGAGCCGCUGGCCUCUGCAUGCUGCCCGCUUCACCCACCCGCCCGCCCGCCCGCCGCGCACCCUCCUGGCCUGCUUUGGCCCUGGCACGCAUCCUGGGGCCGCCGGAAGGCUUCGCCCAACUGCAGAACCGAACUUGGCUGAAGUUGCCCAAGGAGCCUCUCUCGACAAAGUCUGCCAGGGGCACAGAACGAAGCUACUGUUUUGUACUUUUUUGGGGUUAUUCAUUAGAUUAAAAACUGAAUCUUUUAGUU